AUGGAGUACGUGUCAAGCAGGCUGUCCAAAGAAGAUCCGUGCUGUGGGCAAUGGUGCGUGCAUGGAGACCAGGCAGUGGUGUGGACCGACGCCAGCUCUAUCGCUGCCGGUGUUGUUGUGGAAACACCGCAAGGAGCUGCCAUCGAGGACGCAUGCUGGAUUAGAAGAGAUGAGAGCUCCCACAUUAACAUGGCUGAGCUGGACGCAGCAGUUCGUGGCGUCAAUCUGGCCAUCGCGUGGGGCAUGCGAACCAUCGAUCUGCGAACAGACUCUGCGACUGUCUACCGCUGGAUUGACGAUGCGCUGAGUGGCCGGGCACGUCUUCGCACCAAGGCUCAUGGGGAGAUGCUGAUUCGCCGUCGGGUAGAUGUCAUCCGGCAGCUGGUGACGGAACUUGAGCUGGUCAUGUCUGUGACGCUCGUACGCUCCUCAGAGAACCGCGCCGACGCCCUCACGCGAGUCCCAGGGGAAUGGGUGCGAGGUGACAAAGACGGAUCGGCAGUGAGUGUAGCAGCGGUAGCAGCAGCAUCAGCAGCUAGCAGUCGGGAUAGCAGCGUGGCGAGUGUCGCUGACGUUCACAUACGUGCUGGCCAUCCCGGCGUGCGACGCACACUCUUCUUUGCACGACGUGACAUCUCACGAGCAGUGACGCGUGCUGAAGCACGUGCUACUGUGCGGCAGUGUGAGAUGUUACCCACUACCUCGGUAGCGCCUACCUGUCCCUUGUCGACUGCGGGCCGUCUCGGUUCGCUGUGUGGCACACGUCGUCCAGAUGCGGACACCGUCGUCAGUCACCUGGAACAAGUCUUCUGCGAGCGAGGAGCGCCGGUGGAACUGCUCUGUGACAACGACACUGUCUUCCGAGGCCGGCGAUUCGCAGCUUUCGCGGCGCGCUGGGGCGUGUCGCUGCGCUUCAGAGGGGCAUACGCACCGUCUGGUAACGGUAUCGUGGAAAGGAACCAUCGCACGGUGAAGGUGAUAGCAGCGAGGAAGGGCUGCUCCGUUGCUGAGGCAGUCCACCUGUACAACGUGACGCCCCGGGACGAAACUGUGGCAUCAGCUCCCGUGAGUGGUAUUUACCGGUACCGAGUACGAGACUGCGUGCGGCACGAUCAGGUACAGCGUGCCGUUCACACCUCCCCUGAUGUUGCAAGGAAGAACUACACGGUUGACGAUGCAGUGUGGGUUCGGAGGCGGGGCGAGCGCUGCACCUCAGCAUCGCAGCCCGGCGUCGUCACCAGGGUGACCUCGCCGCAGGUGGUAGAGGUUGAUGGAGUCCCACGACACGUCAGGGACUUGAGACACCGCAGCAGCCUCUCAGUGAACGAAGCUGGCACUCCAGAUGAACUGGGAAUAGAAGAUGAACCUCCGCUUUAUGUUGACGCGCAAAGCCAGCUGCUGCAGCCGCAGGUGGCUGAACCCCCACCUGAGGCACCACGAAGCCGUGCUUCGAAGGAGUACCCGUGA